AUGGCUCCUCUCAAUUACCUCCUUGCCCUCUUCCUUCUCUUGAUCUCUCAGCUUGUCAUGGCAAACCCACUUCCAACCCCACAAGAAGGCAGUUCCUGUCCAACUUUCGGAGCUUAUGAGUGCUCUGAUGAUGGCAACUGCAUCCUGAUCUGCGACUACACCGGUACUUGGAUUGUCAACGACUACUGCUAUCCAAGAGAGCACUGCGAGGAGAUUAAUGGUUCACCUUACUGUGUCGGGAUGUUUUCACUCUUUCACUUGAUCGCCAUCCUCCUUGCCGUAGCUUUCCACCUUACGGGUGUAUCUGCACAAGCACCCCAAGGAAAUGGCCCCACUGCUACUCUCGGAGCUGCCUGCGAUACUCCUGGCGAUUACCUGUGCUCCGAUGAUUGGGCUAAUAUCCUCGUCUGCGAUGCUGAAUACGUCUGGCUUCUUAACAACGUCUGCUACACUGCGCCAGACUACAGCGAGGGUUGUGGUUAUCCGGGUGGUACAACAAUUCCGUAUUGUUGGUACUUACUCGCACGUCGAUUUAGCUCUGUCUUCCUCUCUAGCGUCUCAUUCUUCUUCUUUAUCAACAUCGACCAACAUCCCUUCUUCCAACUACAACACAUCAUCGCAACUUCAACAAAACCACACAAUUACCACUUCAACGCGUGCAAAAAUUCCCCUGGUUUACCAAUCAAGAUGUUCUUCAUUCUGGUCUUCCUUUGUUCUCUUCUCGCUGCCUUUGCCAUUGAGCACUUUUACCUUAGGAUGUUCACACCUCCUCCCGUCGUCAACAAAUGUGCUUCGUGUGCAUCCAAGAAGUCGAGCCGCUGUUGUGAGUUACAAUAUUGUUUGAUGUUCCCACUUGCGAAUGCACUUAUCAUCAUUGAUGUGGUCAGGACCGCAUCCCUUUCCCUUGCUCCUCUUCCACUUGCACUUUCCAUUCUCUUUCACAAGCGCAUACUGACUCUUGAAGCCGACUCUAGCUGGUCUGAAGUAGCCGGUACACCCUCGAUGCUAUCUGCAAACUCUCUGCAAAUUCAAUCGACACCUAAGACUACAUCAGCCGAAAUCUUGCACUGUGCCUUAGAUUUGGGUCUGCUGGGAAAUUGGCUUGCUUUCUCGUUGUUUCUGAUGGUUAGGAUGGGUGCCAUGGAUGGCGUUGUUCUCGUGGGUCUUACUCUGAACUUCGGCUGCUGGGUUAUGAUUCUCCGCGAAAAGUCAAAAAGCGUUGCGGUUUUCAGUCAAUAAAUGCGUGGUUUUUCCUAAAACGUGCUUAAAGU